AUGCUUGUCCAGUCGAUUCUGAGCGCCCUGGUGGCCACCCCUCUGCUUGUUUCUGCCCUUCCACACCAGAGGAACAGGCGAACUGAGGGCCUGUCUGUCGAGCUUUCACAGGCAAGCGAGACUGAAGUCAAGGCAACAGUGUCGAACACUGGGGCUGAGACUCUGCACUUGUUCACCAGCGGCACUAUUCUAGACAAUGCCCCCGUUCAGCAGCUCGACGUCACCCAAAAUGGUGAGAACGUCGAAUACCUGGGUCUAAUCAUCGACUACUCGGCUGAGGACCUCGAUGAGGACUCAUUUAUCACCCUUGCCCCUGGUGAGACUGCAGAGGCUCUUGUCAACAUCCCUGCUCUAUAUGCCAUCAAUGGGGGCGACUACUCCGUCUCCCUCGACGGCGAGAUCGCAUUCGCAGGUGUUCACAAUACCCAGCUCGAGGGGAUCUACGAGUUCCAGACCAACACCCUGGAAUUCAACGUCGAGGAGACCGUCGCCGCCGCCGUCCCAAAGGCAGUUAGCAUCGACACCAACCCCCUGGAAAAGCGCACCCGCAUCGUGUCGUGCUCCGGCUCCCAGCUGACGGCCCUGACCAACGCCGUCUCCGCCACGAACCGCCUCUCCACCGCCGCGGCCAACGCAGCCGCCAGCGGCUCCUCGGCCAAGUUCAGCGAGUACUUCCGCACCACGUCGGCCACGACCCGCAGCAACGUCGCGGCCCGCUUCAGGGCGUUCGCCUCCGAGGCCGCGUCCACCACCUCGGGGUCGAGCUCCUACUCGUGCGUCGACUUCCUCGGCGUCUGCACCUCCAACACCAUCGCCUACGCACAGCCCGCGACGGGCCGCAUGGCCUCGUGCCCCAUCUUCUGGAGGCUGCGUCCCGUCUCCACCGGCUGCCGCCAGCAGAGCCAGGCCUCGACGGUCCUGCACGAGUUCACCCACAUCCUUGCCCGCACCACCGACCACGCGUAUGGAUACGCCGCGUCGACUGCUCUCUCUGCCUCGAGGGCCUACACCAACGCCGACAACUACGCUCUCUAUGCCGAUGCCAUCGCCAAUGGAUGCUAA